AUGUUAUUUUCUUGCAGGAACUUGAAAGAUCUAUGUCUGAGAGGCACUCUAGCUCCGGAUCCCAGGAACCUGGUUCAUGUGAAAUAUAUGAUUUUACGCAACAAUUCUUGCUCUGGUCUCAUUCAAGAAGAGAUCGCUAAGUUGAACGAAUUAGAAGUAUUGGACCUUGGAUAUAAUAACUUCAGUGGACAGCUUCCUUGUCAUUUUAUCAAUAAUUUCUCAAUAGCAAUUUUUUUACUGGACAAUAAUGUGCUUCUUGGCAACAUGCAUCCUGAAAUUUAUGAGCGUCAAAAGCUAUCUGAAGUUCAAGUGGAUGGACGUUUGCUUCAAGAAAGUACAUGCUAUGCUCACCUACAAGGGGACAAACGACUUGCUCAAGGGGGAAGUCCCAUGUGA